AACAAGUUAAGGUCCCACAGACCACAGUCCUUAUCACAUCCUUUGAAUUGAAUCAUCAAACACUUGAAAAUCUAAUUUCUUUCAUUUCAACACACAAUCCCAUCACAUGUGUUCAUGCUGAUUAAAACACAUGUUGUUAUAUAGAUUCAUAGAUAGAUAUACUAUUAGUUAGUUAAAGUUAUAUUCUCCGAUCAAAACCGCCACCAUGAGCCAGCCGGAGAGGCCACCGUCAAGCCGUACCAACAACCUAGCCUCAUGUUUCGUCGCCACCUUUUUCUUAAUCUUCUUCAUCCUCAUCAUCUUCAUUCUCUACUUCACCCUUUUCAAACCAAUGCAUCCCAAAAUCUCCGUCACCGCCGUCCAAUUCCCCUCCUUUUCCGUCACCAACAACGGCACCACCGUCAAUUUCACUUUCUCACAGUACGCUUCAGUUAAAAACCCUAACAAAGGCACUUUCUCACACUACGAUAGCUCAUUUCAGCUUCUCUACAAUGGAAAACCAAUCGGAUUCAUGUUCGUCCCCGCCGGCAAGAUUAAUGCCCAUAGAACGGAGUACAUAGCGGCCACAUUUACCGUUCAGUCUCUUCCAUUGGGCCUUGGGCCCAAUAAUCGGGAUGGGCUUGAUAAAAUGAGGCCCACUAUGGAAAUUGAAUUCAGAAUAGAGAUGAGUGGGAGAGUGAGGGUGUUGCAUCUGUUCACUCAUCAUGUUGAAGCCAUAGCUGAUUGCAGGGUCGCCAUCACUAUCUCCGAUGGAUCCGUUUUAGGUUUUCACUGCUAAUUUUUUUUUUUUUUUUUGUUCUUUCAUUAUUAUCUAAUCUUUUAUUUUUGUAGAGAGUUAACUCAUCUAGCUCAAUCAUUCAUUUCAAUAUUAGGGUUACUAAAUUAGUUCUUAAUUGAUAAUCUGAAUAUUUUGACUUUUGAAAGGAAUGGAUAUAGUAUCAAUGUUUACUCCA